CCGAUGAGUCCUUCCCGAGACACAAUCUAGGCCCCAGGUUACUCCUCUCGUUAGACUCAUCAUGAAGCAGUCCCAACCCUCUCAAGGACACCAUGCCAUCGUGUUCGGCUGUUCAGGCAUCAACGGCUGGGCCCUAGUCAACCAGCUACUCACAAACUACCCAGCCCCAGGGACUUUCAGCAGAGUGACAGCGGUUGCGAACCGUGCAUUCACAGCCGAGGAGGCACACUGGCCAACAGAUGAUCGUAUCCAGAUUGUCUCCGGCGUGGACCUCCUGGCGGGCGAUGAUGCAGCGCUGAAGAAGACCCUGGCGGAGAAGAUUUCAUCUGUCGAUACGAUCAGCCACGUGUAUUAUGCAGCAUAUCGUGCCAGCGAUGUCCCCGCCGAAGAAUGUCGAUUGAAUAAGGAGAUGCUUCGAGCUGCUGUUCAGACGCUGGAGACUCUCUCGCCAAAAUUGUCUUUUGUUACUCUCAUUACUGGCACAAAGGCAUACGGCGUCUACCUCCUCGACAAAUUCCCCUUCCGGAACCAAAUACCCUUAAAAGAAGACCUCCCCCGCGUGCCAGCCGAAUACGCCAAAGACCUCUUCUACUACCACGAAGUCGACCUGCUGCAGGAGCUCUGCAUCGGAAAGACCUGGUCAUGGUGUGAAGUCCGUCCGGACGUGAUAGUCGGCCUCGCCCCCUUCGGCAAUGCAAACUGCAUGGCUCAAACAAUGGGCAUCUACCUCUCCCUCUACCGCGCCCUCGAAGGCCCCAACACCCGCGUUCCCUUCCCCGGCAACAACACAACCUGGACCCUCCAAUCUACCGACUCCAACCAAGACAUAAUCGCGCGGUUCUGCAUCCACGCUUCCCUCCAACCGCGCGAAAAGGUCCAUACCCGAGCAUUUAAUAUCGCGGACAGCGCACGCCCCGUCGCAUGGUCCCAGCGAUGGCCAAUCCUGGCAUCGUAUUUCGGGUUGGAAGGUGUGGGGCCUGAGGAGGGUUCCUUGCACCCGACGGAGUACAUGGAUCGGAACUGGGAGAAACUGAGACAAUUGUGUAGUGAGCGGGAAGGGGUGAAAGAGGAGGUGAUUUAUCGCAGUAUGCAUAAUACAGGUGCCAGGAUGGGGAGUCUGAGGUUGAUGGAUUUCGAUCGCCCGUUUGAUUUAGGGAGGGCGAGGGAGAUUGGGUUUACUGAGGAGAUGGAUACGAGGACGUCGUGGUUUGGGGCAUUUGAGAGGGUGAGAGGGAUGGGAAUUAUGUUGUAGAUAGACAUUAUUCUUUCCAUCCUGGUCUGGUGGGGGUACUGGUCACUAGUGAUAAAUAAGUGUAAAGAGAC